GAAGUAAUAACAUUUCUGUGGAGAAAAGCAUUAGAUCCUCCACCAGAACAGUUACACAAUUAAGCUGACCAGAUUUUCAAAAUUUAAAACUCGGACACACCCGUUUUGGGAUGCUUAGUAGAAAUAAAAUUGUGAAAAGAGCACGUAAUAUUGUGCAUUCUCGACUUCUAUCGCUGCAUUUUUUUUUUUAUUUUUUCUUUAUCGUCAUACGCAUACAGUUUUCUAUAUUUUGGCUAAACAAAUGACAAUUUAUGCUCCUCUUUACUGUUGGCAGGGAUCAGAUUAGUCAAAAAUUUUAAUAGUCCUGUUUUAGCCCUGGUUUAGGCCUGAUGUAGUCCUGGUUUAGAUCAAAUUGGGCAAAAAUAGGGACACCUGGGACGAUGCUUGUAUAUUACUGGGACAAAUCACUGGUUUUGUAUAAAUCUGCUGUGAAAGGGGACACAAGGCUCCAAACUGGGACUGUCCCGGGUAAAUAGGGACGUCUGGUCAAACUAUCCACAAUGCACCUUUAAAUGACAUUAAAGCUGUACUAUGUAAUCUUUCUGGAGGAGGGUUUGAUACCUGCUUGUCUCCAUGUGGAUGUUAUUGUUUAGCCUGGAAGGUACAAUGUAUAAACUUGUAUACAUGUAUUUAUUCAGUUACAGAUAUUUAAUUCUAAAAAGUACCUUGAAAAAUAUACAUUCUUACUGCAAGCAAGGUCACCCCUCCACAGAUCUGACCUGUGACUUGGACUGGCUGUGUUAUCUGCUUGUUCCUAUGGAGAUUGAUAGUUUAAUGCCAUACUGUGGAAUGUAACAGGUAAAGAAGAAUACCAGGUGACGGACCUUCCACCAGAAAAGUUACAUGAUACAGCUUUAAGUAAGACGCUACUAAAGUGAUUUCUUUUUCAACUCGAGAGUCAAUUGAUCUGAAUUUAAUCACAAUAGUUUACGAAUUGGAACAAAAUCGUCUAUUAUCCAAAACUACACUUGCAAAAGGGCCCCGGGGAAUCUGGAAAAGGAAAAACAUUAUGGAAAGUUAUUUACUUCCUGUUCAAAAAGAGUCAUCCUUUCAAAAUAAAACCGUAAAUUUAGCACCCAAAUUGCAUCUGUCACUUAUAUCUUGCUAAACAUAUAAUCAAGGCUAACACAUUAAACUAAAAAUGCAUUUUUAUGUAUGGUUAGUACAAAAUUUGUGUCUUUUAAAAUGUUGACAUAGUUGUUUAUAUAAAGUAAAAUCGCUGAAGUUACCCCGGAAAUGAUAGCGUGUAGCGGGUUUUUUUUUUAGCUUGAUGGCGUUAUUCAUGCAGAACAUUUUCAGAAAAUAAUUCACUCUGGAUAAUUGUUGCUUUAUUCGUCUUUGCAGAAUUCCUACAUCUGAAACGGCUAAAUACGGAGAAUUGCUGAGUAGGACUAAAGGAUGUCUUCCUCUCCACUGUACUACAACAACAACAACAACCGUGACCGAUUCAAAAAGAGAAAGGCUCGCUUCACUUUCAGCGAGGUUCACAUAUUGUUAGAUGAAGUACGAAAACACCGCAAAAUAGUUGUGGGUAAAUUCAAUCGUGGCGUGCCAACAGAUGCUAAAAAACGCACAUGGGCAGAAAUCACAGCUCGCGUGAAUGAGAUCGGAGAGUGUCAACGUGAAAUCAUCGAGGUCAUAAAGAAAUGGUCCGAUCUAAAGUGUGACACUAAGCGAAAAAUUGCUGCUAUGCAAACAGGAGCCGUGCCAAGCAGAGGACUGAACUCACGCAUGUCCAAGGACCUCAAUCCCACAGAGAAGAUCGUGGCUCAGAUUCUGGAGAUGUCAGAUGAAGAUGAUGGUACAUACGAUUUUAGUCCCCUGGGUGAUGAUGAUGAGGGGGUCGAUGAAGAGGAGAUGGAAGAGGAGGACAUGAUGGGAUUUCAGAGUUCACCAAAUGGAGGACUAGAAACAGCUAUGCCCCCACCUUCAUCCUACCUCUCCAGUGGCAGUGGACAACCAGUUGAUCUGCAAUUUGAGCUUCCAGAAGACACAGAAGCACCGUUUGCUGAAUCAGAAGAUGAGCAAAAGGAAGAAUCUCCAAUCCCCAGCCAUCGUCCCAGACCGCCCCAAGAUCACCAUGAAAACAAUGGCAUCCCGAAACCCAGUCCAGCAAAACCUGAGCCCUCAACUUCCACUGCUGGAACCCUCCCGAUGGCAAAUCCCGCCGCUAAGACUUCCAUCCUAAUGGACAGUGUCUCACAGAGCCUCCGUGAGCAGCAUGCCACCAACACAUUGUUAGAAACUGUAUCUCGGUCACUUGAGCUGUUAGCUGAAUCGGUCCAACAGCUAGCAGAGACGCAACAGGAGUUUGUGCGGGAGUCCUUACAGCUGCAGAGGGAGACCGUGCAGGUGCUCAGAGACUUCACAGGGGGCGCUAUUGCACUCAUCCACGAUAAACUCAAUGGACGACCAGCAUUAUAGCAGUGAUGUGUGCGUAUUUGUAUGUUGAGACACUGACUUGUUAGAGAAGGCCCUUUGGCACAGAAAACCUCAUGUUUCUCUGAACUUCCACAAUGGUUACUGGUCCUUUUAAUCAUACUAUUUUACCUGUAAUACAGUUUGGAUUCUGUUAUCAAUCUAGACCAGCUUAGGGAAAGUUUUUUUUAUAACUACACCCUAAUUAGCCUUAUUAAAGCAUGAACAAUAAUUUAUAAUAAACACUGUUAUUCAGGCUUACUAAAUACGUAAUUAAAGCUGACCUAUUAUGCAAAAUCAACUUUUCACAGCUUUUAACUGUGUCACAGUAGUUUCUUCUAAUCAUUUCUCAUCCAAAGCUGUAUGCGCAGUGAGUAGUGCAUGUUUGAGCAAUCUAUAUUCCCUUAUUUUUAAGAUGCCAUUGCUCUAUACUUCAUUCUCCAGUUUUAUUUUCUUAAUCAAAUAUGUGUAUGACUCGGAAGUAUUGCAAAGUCAUUUUGGAACAACUUGUUUUAGAUUAAUAUCUCGAUUUAAAAUGUCCCAAUUAUAACCACAGAUACAGGUGUUAUAGAUUAUACUACUAUUAUAUAUUAUAUAUACUGUACACUAUUAUAAUACUCUCUAAGCCUGAUUCAUUCAUAAUAAACAGUUUGUUCAUUAUGAAUUCACUCUGUGUUCAUGCUUUAUUAAGGCUAUUAAAGUUGUAGUUAUUAAAACGUUACACCAAAAUUCUCUACAGACGGUUGUUUUGAGCUGAUAGGACUGUACAGUAUACACGUGUGCUUUAUUUUAUUGUUACAAAACAACCAUUAAUUCUGUCAAAUCAGUUAUUGUACAUAUAACUUAAACCUUUUACACACAAUAUUAGGUCUCAGUGAAAAGGUUUUCUCAAUUGUCCAGUGUGUGUGAGGCGUUUAACUUUUUGUUUUGUUUUUUACAUCAACACUUGAAUACUACUAUACCAAUAAUUUAAUUUCAGAUUAAAUAAAUCUCAUUUGUGGGUAAGA